AUGACAAAUUUAAGUGACUUGAAACGUCAGUUCCCUCGUGGGCUUGGAGAGCCAAUUACUCGUCAUAGGUACAAGCGAGUUACUGGCGAGGUAUUUGGUGUGUUUGAAGGUGGUCCGGUGGAUUUGAAGGAUCCUGAUGUACUCGCAGUAGAAGUCGCCACCCAACUCAGAGUCCACCCUUACUCCCCGGCUACACCAGAAGAAGUCUACUUGCGUGCGAAAAGUCACGUUAGAGGAAUCAUCUACGAUAGAGAUAAGACGUUUCGAUAUUUUGUCUGGCUUACCUGUUCGCGGACCUACCAGCGGAGACCCGCUAAGAAAAGGUUUUGUGGGGAGGAUUGCGAUGAAGCAAAGUCUACUGAUGAUGAUACGACCAUGGGAGAUGUUCUUUCUGGUCCUAGUGGACCUUCGGGGAGUAAGGGCUACGAUAAUAAAGGGAAAGGAAAGAAGAAUAUGAGUGAGGAAGAGGAGGAUGGAAAGGAGAUGUGGACUAAGAUUGUUAAGGUUCCUUUUUUGGUGUGGAUGGGGAGUCCGUGUAGUUUUUUGAGUUUUGAUGCCGUGGAUGUUUUUUUCAGCGGACCCGAGUUUGAGUACUCCCGUUACCAACUCUCCGUAGACGGUACGCCGUUCCUAUUUCACGCUCCGGACGAUCAUUCAAACUUCAACCAUUAUAAUAUCCUUGGAAGGGAUUUUUUGGAGGGCAGGUUUAGAACUUUUGAGGCAGAUUAUUCGAAUCUUUCGGUAUUACUAAGAAGACGAAAGUACAUAAUACUCGUUCCGGGCCAACCGCUUUCGUAUGGGGAAGAUAAGUCUGGAACUUUUGGAAUCGAUGAUAAAGAUAACGAUAAUGAGAACGGAGAUAGUGGUAGCGGCGAGGGAGAGGGGGAGGGAGAGGAGUGGGUUAAACAACGAGACGAGGAUUUAGAAAGGUUUCUGGAAGAGGAUGAGGAGGAGGAUGAAGACGAUGGGGAAGAAGCAAAGGAUAGGGAAGAGGGGAAUAUUGAGGGGUUGAGAAGAGUUGAAAGUGGGGUUGAGGCGAGUAUUGAUCCGAGGUUAUUGCAAUGGGGUUCGCAGCAGGAACGAGCUGAGGAGCGGACUGAAGAUCAGGAAUUGGAUGGUUUGGAAAAGCAGAUGGAACAGAUGCAACAGGAACAUGAGCGAAUGGACCAGCAGAUUAUGGAUGUUCGACAGGCGGUCCAGAGAUUUGAGAGGCAAGUGGGGUUGAAUGUACCCGAGGGAGAUGAAAUGGGGGUUGAGGAAGAAGAUAAAAGGGGGGGAGGGACUGGAGAUAUUAAAACUUCUGAAUUUAUGGGAAAUACAACUUCCGUAGGGGCUAGUUGUCUUAGAAAUUAUGAGGGUCAGAUGGAAAGGGAUGCAGAGAGGAAUGUGGAGAUGAAGGAUAGUAAGGGUAGUCUUGAGCCUGUCGACUCGGAACUUAGUCUACAAGAGAGGAGAAAUGCGGAUAGAGACGGGUUUGCGCCUCCACCUUCUGCGCCUAUUAGUAGGAAGGAAGGAAAGAGGUCUUCCUUAGUUUCGAAGGAGAAUUUGAAGGUGUCCGGAGGGAGGACGGGGAGUGGAAUGCGUCGUUGA